AUGGUAAUAAUUUGGUUUUAAAUAUUAGGCUAUUAUGAAAUCUACUAUGGAAUAGACUAAGAUUAAAAUAUAUUUAAAGUUUAGUUAGGGCUUUUUAGAAGGAAAUAAUAAAAGAGGAAAUUAAAGAUUUUAAUGGUUAAAUCUCCAUUUUGAGAUAAAUAAUCAUGAAGAAGAAAGAAAAAUAAAAUUUUAAACCUAAAAAUUAGGCUUUUAAUUAGGCAACACUAGAAAUUAUAAUAUCUACCUUAUUUAGUAUACCUGGAUAGGUACAAAUAUGUUUGGAAGAAAUAUUUAUAACUUAAUUACAAUUGGAUUUUCAACAUGUCGUUUAACAUGUUUCUAUACUGUUUAUCAACUUUAAGCUGAUUGA